AGCGCGCAGGCGCGGCGGCGGCGCAGGGGGAACCAGCCGCACCGACAGUGCGGGCGAGGUGGGGGAACCGCUGGCGGCAGGCUCCGGCGACUCCCUGGGCAGCGGACGCGGGUGGACCGGCCAGGGCUGCGAGCCGAGGAGCGGCCGGCUGCCGGCAGUUUCCGCGGUUCUGUGAGGGAGGCUCGGCGGCCGCCGCGGCGCGUCAGUCAGCUUUAAAAACAAGUAGAAAUUACUUCCGACUUUACUGAAUAGCAAGUAUUAAGUGAUUCCCUAUACUGCAAAUCAUGGCAUUACCAUUCCGGAAGGACUUGGAGAAGUACAAGGACCUUGAUGAAGAUGAACUCCUUGGGAAUCUGUCAGAAGUGGAAUUGAAACAACUGGAAACUGUUCUGGAUGAUCUUGAUCCAGAGAAUGCCCUCCUGCCUGCAGGGUUUCGACAGAAGAAUCAGACGUCAAAGUCUGCCACAGGGCCAUUUGACAGGGACCACCUCCUGUCCUACCUGGAAAAGGAAGCUCUGGAGCAUAAGGACAGGGAAGACUACGUGCCCUACACAGGUGAAAAGAAAGGGAAAAUAUUUAUUCCCAAACAAAAACCUGUGCAGACUCUCACCGAAGAAACCAUCUCUCUGGAUCCGGAACUAGAAGAGGCGCUAACGAGCGCUUCCGAUACGGAGCUGUGCGACCUGGCAGCCAUUCUUGGGAUGCACAAUUUGAUAACGAAUACACAGUUCUGUAAUGUCGUGGGAAGCAGUAAUGGUGUCAACCAAGAACAUUUUUCAAAUGUGGUAAAAGGUGAAAAGAUGGUUCCAGUAUUUGAUGAGCCACCAAAUCCAACCAAUGUUGAGGAGAGUUUGAGGAGAAUUAAAGAAAAUGAUGCUCGUCUUGUUGAAGUUAAUUUGAAUAAUAUUAAGAACAUCCCAAUUCCAACCCUAAAAGAUUUUGCGAAGGCUUUGGAAACCAACACCCAUGUGCAGAAUUUCAGUCUCGCAGCCACUCGGAGCAAUGACCCCGUUGCUGUUGCUUUUGCAGAUAUGCUGACAGUGAACAAAACUUUGAAGAGCUUAAAUAUGGAGUCCAACUUUAUUACAGGAACUGGCGUUCUGGCAUUAAUUGAUGCUUUAAGAGAUAAUGAAACGCUGUCAGAGCUCAAGAUUGACAAUCAGAGGCAGCAGUUGGGGACGGCCGUGGAACUGGAAAUGGCCAAAAUGCUAGAAGAAAAUACAAAUAUUCUUAAAUUUGGGUAUCGGUUUACACAGCAGGGACCCCGAACCAGAGCAGCUAAUGCUAUAACAAAAAACAAUGACUUAGUGCGCAAGAGACGCGUUGAGGGAGACCAGCACUGAGUCCCCCGCAGUGUGACCUCCGAAGAUUUCCACAGACCAACAGCCGCUCGUUUUGGGGACAUUGGAAGUAGAAUUUUCCUGGAUACAAGGGAAAAGACUGGAAAUACAUAUUUUUAAUUAAUCUUUUUUCAUAGUUUAAGUUGUUAUCAGUUUCAGAUUGUAAAGUGAAUAAGUUGGUAGGUGGUAUUUCAUAUUUUAAAACAUUUCCAUUUUCUGUUAAAGUCCAUUUAAACUUAGCUUUAGUGAUUUAUAUAGCAAGUCUUAGGCAUAAAAGUAAUUGUAAAAGUGAUUCUGAAACCAUUUAUGUACAAUAACAUUUUGAGGACCAAUCUUCUUUUCAAAGGCAAAGGGAUGUUGCUGAUGUCAGACUCGCUGUGAGUGGCUUUGGGCCUGAAGCUCCCUUUAUUCCAUAGCCUGAAGGUUUUUCGUUUUUUAAAAUAUGUGGUUUUGGUCAUGGUCUGCUUUUCCUUUUCUCAUGAGACUAAAAUGCCAGGAUUAUUAAGACUGGUCAGCUGAGUAGGAGCAGGGGCCGUGCAGGGAGAGAGCAGGGGCCCCGCUGCGCCCCAGGGUCCUGCGACAGCCGCUCUGCCGGAAGGUCGCCAGCUGGGCCAGCUAUGGACUUCGCUUCAGAGGGCAGUUGCCGUAAGUUCAUCACAGGUUUUCAUGUUACACUGUGGGCAUUAUCACGUGUUUGUGGAAGCUGAUAGUCAAAAGCAUCUGAACAGAAAAGCCAUUUUCUUUUCCAUAAAAAGGCAUAUGGCCAACUCUUAUUUAGGGUAGGAGAAAAAGAAGCUGCUGUUAAAGACAUGAAGUCAAUGAUAACAAAUACAGUGAAGUCUGAAGAACUUGUGAGAGUGUCAUUGCAUUGGUGGUCACUGAGUGUGUUAGUAACUGGCGUGUCAUCAGUGCGUGGUGUCAGUGGAGACAGAGGGCCUCCUACGCAGUCCAGUACUCCAGGGGCAGUGUUUAAUCCCCACUACAAAUGUCCAACAAAUAAGAAAAAUUGGUGUUCUUCUUAAGUCUGACUUCUGGUAUGUAUUUCCUUUUGUAUUUGUCCAGAUUGUGUAAAAGUCAUUCCCAUAACCAGAGUGUUCAAAUUAUUAAAAUGAACAAUGAGACACAUCCCACAGUGGGCUAGCUCCGGAUGGGACAGGGCCUUGUAGUCACGCCUUGUCUAGGGGCAGCCACGGAUCAAGAGAUGGCAGAGGGAUUAACGGCUAGGGAAGGAAGAAUCUUAAUAGGGGGCAGGUAGGGGGAGUUAUUUUCAUAUGUGAUUGUAAGAUUUAUGAAGUUAAAUCACAGAAGUAUCCGCUACUUCAGCCUGGGCCGGAGAAUGAGAUGGGCAGCUUCUUGCAUGUUGCCAACUGGGCAACACUUGUGUCGUAAGCAUUGUGGGGUUGUAAGGUUCAUUUUUAAAUCAACAUCCAGUGAUUUACAAAGGGCCAGGUCGUUCAAGGCUGCUGGUUUAUUUCCUUUCUUCCUGUCACCCUCCCUCUCUCACCUUCUCUCCCGUUCCUCCUUUUUCUUUUCAUAUACAACUUUUAAGUUGUACUUGAUUUUAUAGAAACUAGAGUUUCCAGAAGUCUAGGAGUUAGGCAUGGAGCAGGUAGCUAAGUCUUCUAAAAAGAAUUAGUCACUUAUACGUUCAGCCAAGCUUCCUUAUUUGAUUGUCCUGCAACACAUUGAGUUGCUCAGCGGGUCCCCCAUUUCUCCCGUGAUUUUUAAAGUAGUAGUGUUAUAAGUGGAACUCUACCUAGAAUUUUGUAUCAUACCAUGGGCAAUACCUUUUUUACUUAUUUAUCAAAAGGAUGAAGAAGUUGCCUUUUUUUUUUUUUGCUUGUAUCAUUCCAAUUCUGUGCUAGAGUAUAGCUUGUUAUAUAAUUGAAGAAAAUGUUUUCUUCGUAAGUAACUUUACAUAUGAACAUUGGUCUAACUGAAUACAAAAAAUCAAGAAUUACAAUAGAAAAAGGAUGUUUACUUUGAUCUUUAAAAAUUUGGCACCUCUAUCCUUUUAAUUAAAUCUUCAGUAUUUCUAAAUUGUUCUAUCAUUUUAUAGUACAAUAAACUUUUUUUAGGAUUUUGGAAUAGUCUGGAUUUUGAAGCCAAAGAUUUUGUGAAUUUUAAGUUUUAUAACCUAACCAAUUUAAAUUUAUCUGGUUAUCUAAAAAGUGUUUGCUUUUUAAAAAUGCUAUUUUUAAAAAAAAAAAAAGCUUAACUACCAUUAUAAAAUUUUAUAUUCAUAUUUGGAAUUCUAAUUUUUCCAGGGUGUUUACAUGAAGUUUUUAUGUAUUAGAAUUUCAAUAUUAGUGGCUAAUAUGUUACUAAGUAGAUUUUGGUGCUAUAUACUUGACUAAAGAACAAGUAAAAAGCAUUUUGUAAGGGUGCCUGUUUAAAAGACCAAAUAAACAUUUUGUGUUAAAUAAACCAGCAGAUUGUAAGUGAUUUUAAGAAUUAUCUUGUUUGUUACAUUGUGAAGUCUUUGUUAUAUAAAUGAAAUCCAUGAGGUUGCUUUGUGUAGGAGGCACACUCUGGAAAGGUGAUGUGUAAAUAGAACUUCAUAAAUUGUUUUCCAGUUGGCCAAUGA